CGGUCUCCCAGCAGGGCUCAGGCUAGCGUCGCUCGCCAUGGGCACCUGGCAGCGUCUGUUCCUUUUUGGUGGCAUGUCGCUCCGGGGUAGUGGCUGCGCCCCUUGGUGGCUUAGGGGUAUCCGAGCAUUGGGUUUUCGCCGCCAGUUAUCUGGCGCUGAGAGUGAGAACCUAAAACAAAGAAGAACACAGAUCAUGUCCCGAGGACUUCCAAAGCAGAAACCCAUAGAAGGUGUUAAACAAGUUAUAGUUGUGGCUUCUGGAAAGGGUGGCGUUGGAAAGUCUACUACAGCAGUAAAUCUUGCACUUGCACUGGCAGCGAAUGACUCGAUUGGUUCUCUACUAGAUCAAAAGUCAAAGGCCAUUGGUUUGUUAGAUGCCGAUGUGUAUGGUCCAUCAGUUCCAAAGAUGAUGAAUCUGAAAGGAAAUCCAGAAUUAUCACAAAAUAACCAGAUGAGGCCUCUUUUGAAUUAUGGUAUUGCUUGUAUGUCCAUGGGCUUCCUGGUUGAAGAGACUGCACCAGUUGUUUGGAGAGGCCUUAUGGUAAUGUCUGCCAUUGACAAGCUGUUGAGGCAGGUAGAUUGGGGCAACCUGGACUAUUUAGUUGUUGACAUGCCACCAGGAACGGGAGAUGUGCAACUGUCAGUUUCACAGAAUAUUCCUAUUUCAGGUGCUGUGAUUGUCUCCACACCCCAGGACAUUGCACUAAUGGAUGCGUAUAAGGGUGCUGAAAUGUUUCGCAAAGUCCACGUGCCUGUUCUUGGCCUUAUCCAGAAUAUGAGUGUUUUCCAGUGUCCAAAAUGUAAACACAAAACUCAUAUUUUUGGUGCUGAUGGUGCAAAGAGGCUAGCACAGACCCUUAAGCUUGAUGUCCUGGGAGACAUUCCACUACACCUCAGUAUAAGGGAAGCUUCAGAUUCAGGCCAACCUGUUGUGUUUUCACAGCCUGAAAGUGAGGAGGCCAAAGCUUACCUGAGGAUUGCUGCAGAAGUGGUAAGAAGAUUGCCACCACCUUCAGAAUGAGUCCCGAGCAUGAUGGAAAUUGACCUGGUGCUUAGUAAUGAGAGGACCUUCAGAAAUGAGGGGCAUAGUGGAGGAGCCUGAGGAAAUACUAGCAAUCAUGAUUGUUUUCUUUAUUGCUAUGGAAAUAAUGUCAUUUUCAGAUUUGAUUUCCUAUGAUAUGACUCAUCAAUAAAAUUUUCAUGUAUUUUAUUUUAUAUAAUGUUUAGGAAUUGUUUUGAAAGUUGAUAUGUUCAUGCUUGUACUAGUUGUAUUUUUUUAUUGAACUGUUGAGGAAUUGUGAUUUUAUGGUGUUACUGUCCCAUUUUUAAUGACAAUUGCCAGGGUCCACGGUUCAAUCUCCAGCACCAUAUGCCACACCAGCUCUACCCCAGGGUGGGCUGAGCUUACAAAAAAAAAAAAAAAGACAAUUGCACUCUUUAGCAGGACUACAGGAUAGUUGUUUAAAGAGUGUACUAAUUUUGUGCAUAGGCCUGUGUAUUUUAACAAGAUCAUCAUGAUUUUGAUGAUGCUUUGGAUUGUGAUGGCAAUAAUAAUAAUAAAUAAUAGCAUUUGUCAUCUG